AUGGCAUCUCCGCCCGUAUCGACAGUCAGCCGCGUCACGGUGAAAAUACCGGAAUUUUCGCCGACCGACCCCGAGCUGUGGUUCGCGAUGGUCGAGGCGAGUUUCGAGACGAGCGGCGUUACGACCGAAAAGACGAAGUUCGGGUACGUCCUGGGCGCGCUCAAACCAGAAUACGCGGCCGAGGUCCGCGAAAUCAUCUUGAAUCCCCCGGCUGAGCCGUUCACUAGGCUCAAGACAGAGCUGAUAAGGCGGAUCGGGGCGUCGCAGGAGCAGAAGACUCGGCGUCUCCUCGAGCACGAGGAGAUGGGCGACCGCAAACCGUCGCAGUUCUUACGCCACCUGCGGACCUUGGGAGGAACAGCUGUGUCAGAGGAGAUACUGCGUGCCCUGUGGUUGGGCCGGCUCCCCGCGAGCAUGCAGGUGAUCCUGGCGACGCAGCGAGACGUCGAGCUCGACCGAGUGGCCGACUUGGCCGACACCAUCGCUGACACGAUGGGCCCGCGCACGCGGGUCCCGUCGCACGGUUGUCGAGAGAUAUGUGCGAAGUCGAGGAACAACUGUGCUCGAAGAUGGCACAGCUCACGGCGACGUUUCGGCAGGAGCUCGCAGCAAUUCGCCGCGAAAUAA